AUUUUCGCCGAAGAAAAAGAAACUGCCGAUAUUCUCGUAUCACUGUCCCGUCAAUCAUCUGAAUCUGGUCGUGGAACUCUUACAGACACUCAACCAUCAACUCCACAACCUGAUACAUCUCUAGAAUCUCCCCUAAUUGCAGAGAUUCAAGCAAUUAAUCUGACUUCUUCUGGAAAUCAAGAGCAUGUAGAAGAAGCUUAGACUCUUAAAAAGAGGCCUAAAAGCCCAAAAAAAAGACUGUAAAUAUCUGUAAUUUUCCAAUUUUCUGACUUCCCAACACCUCAUCCCCCCAAAAAAUUCCCGGUGAUAACUGUUGUGCCAAAAGAAAAGCUUAGGUUUCUGAAUUUCCUGUGGCCGCCUGACCGAGAAAAAACUCGGCCACGUGGCAAGCCCCCCGAAACGGGUUUUUCUUAGCUCCCAAUUGAUUCAUGCUUAUAGUACCAACCCCACAGCUUUUAAUCUUGAUUUUAUUCUUAAUUUUGAACUUAUUUUUGCAAUUUUCUAUAGGUGGUUCUUUUUUUUUAGAAUUUUUGGUGGAGUAUUGAAAAAAUCGGAUUUUGCCAAUUAAAAAAAAAAAUUUCCAAAAUUUUUUGUAUUUGUGAAUUUAGAGUAGCGGAUUUUUUAAUUCGAAAAAAAAUUAAUUUUUAAAAAUUUUCUAGAAAAAAAUCGCCAAAUUUUUCCAAAAAUUCCAAGUGAAAACUAUAUUUUGAUAGUUUUUUGGGGAAAAAAAUUAUCAAAAAAUUUUAAAUCUCAUUUUGAAAAAUGUUGGAAAAAAACCUGGAAAAUGCAAAAAAUUUCCAGAUUUUUCAAAAUUUUAGUUUGGAAGUUUUUUAAUUUUUCUAUAUUUCUUUUUCUCCAGAAAUCUAUUUUUGGAUGAAAAAUAUUUUCCAAAAUAACCUUUAUCAUAUACGAACGGAAUUUUUGAAAAAAAACCGAUUUUUUUUGAAAAUGUAAAUUAAAAAAUGCUUUAAAAAAAUCUCCAUUAAAAUUCCCAAAUCUAGAACAUUUUGGAAGUUCCGAAAGGCUUUUUCUCAAAAAAACUUCUCAUAUUAAAUUAAUUUUUUUACGUGAUCCAAUUUCAAAUUUCCUCCAAAAUUUACCAAAAAAAUCCCAAAUUUCUCAAACUCCGUGAACUUUUUCAACCUUAGCCCCGUCCUCAUUUUUUAUCUCCCCCACCGUUCUCCCAACUCAUGUACUUUUAAAUUUCCGUGCAUUCCCAAUUGAUAUAUUCUUCUCCUCGUGUGUGUGUUUGUAUAUUCUCCAUUUCCAACACUCUUUCCCAAUGCUACUCGAAUUGGCUUUACUUGGACUUGUCGCCUACCUGCUGCUCACCUGGCAUCGUAAAGAAGUCGAGAAGGGUGGCGAAGGACUCGGCGCGGCUGGUCCAAUUCUCGAAGAAAUGGAGGCACUUGUGCUCAAAAUUGCGAGCAUCUUCAAGAAACAGGCGGCCGGAAAUACCGUAUCCGCAUCGAAAAGAGGAUCGACACAGAGUCCAGUCAUCCGAACAGCUGAAGCAUCGACUCAGAGAGCAUCGCCGGCGAUUGCACAAGUUGAAAAGUUUGAAAGUGUUCGUCAACCGAGAGAACCGAGAAGCCGAUCGAAACAUCAUGCAAAGCAUCGUUCGAAGAUGGAUAGUGCUUUGAAGGCUGCUUCACAGAAUUAAAUUUCUUUGAUGAAAUGUGUAUGAAAUGAAUUAUUUGUCGCUUGAG